AUGGAGAUGGUAAUUCAGUCCAGUCAGAUUACUGCUGGUGAUAUUGGACCCCUCUACAAAAUACGUAUUUCACAUGACAAUAGUGCAGAAUUUGCUGGCUGGUUAUGUGAGGAGGUGACGCUGCAAGACAUUCAUACUGAUGAAGAAUUCACAUUCCCCUGCAAUAAAUGGUUAUCUACAGAAGAAGAUGAUGGAGAGAUAUGUAGAGAGUUGCCAGUUACUCAAUAUGGUCAACCAGUUAUUCCAAUGUGCAAAUAUCAAGUUGCCACAGUAACUGGUGACUACUGGAAUGGUGGAACUGAUGCUGAUGUUUAUAUCACCAUGUAUGGUGAGAAAGGUGAUACAGGACCUAGACAUUUACAUCGCUCUAAACGAUCUAACAAAUUUGAGAAAGGCCAGACUGAUAUCUUCUCUGUGGAGGCUGUCUCUUUGGGUGCUAUACAGAAAGUUGUUGUUGGACUUACAGAUACAGAUCCUGGGCAUGGAUGGUACUUAGAAAAAGUUAUUGUCAUGGAGUCACCUGAUGCACAUGAUGAAUUUGUUUUCCCAUGUCACAGAUGGUUGGAUGAAGGAGAAGAUGAUGGUAAAACUGUAAGAGAACUGCUCCUGGAAACUAAACCACCUAGUGUUCAAGCUCUUGAAAAAGACAUGUGGGCACUUGAGAAAUGGAAGUAUGACAGAGGCAACACUGUUCUAUUGUACUGUAAAGGCACUAGUAAAGCUGUACGAGUGAAAGCUGAUGCUACAGUUGAUGCAAAUGGUGAUCCAGACGGCACUGAUCCUUUCUCUCAUUUUGAAGUUCACAGAAGAAAAGGAAACAUUCGUGUGUUCCGUAGUGUGAUGAAUCCAUCCUACCACCUAGCUGUUGAUCAUUGUAAAGUCCUUGGUCAGGGCAAAGGUGGAGCUUACUGUGAAUUCCGAGUUCGCACACAUCAAGACCGUAGUGUGUCUUUAGAAUCAGUAAAGACACCCAGUCAGUUUGUAACAUUUCUAGCCAAUGGGAGAAGUGGUGAUACCAGAGGUUCCAGUGUCGGACCAUCUAAACAGUUUGUUACUUACGUGAAGGGUAUGUUACGUGAUGCAGGUGUUGUGGUUUUACAUACAUCAAGAAUCCAGGUUUUUGUCAGCGAUGAAGAUGGAGCAUGCUCAGCAAGUGGAAAGAAAUCCCAGCGAGGAUACUGGAAAAUACAUAAAGUUGAGGAAGGAGGAAUUAGAAUGUUGGAAAAUGUAGCUUUUCCAAGUAAAUUCCUGAGGGUUAAAGAUGGACAAUGCGAUUGUCUGGGUAAUGGUGAUGAGUACUGUCAUUUCAAAGUGACUAAACACAAAGACAAAGGCUUUAUCACUCUUCAGUCUCUAAAAAACAGAGGCAUCUAUGCUGGAUUUGCCACUAGUGGAAUUGCUAGACCUACUGUGGAUACUGGAGAACGUAAUGUCAGGUUUUAUCCAGAAGUUGUGCAAUGGGGUAUGAAGAAGGGUACAGAUAUUGUACCAUCACCAAGAACACCACCAUUAAUUAUAGAUGAUGAACCAAAGAAAACUACAUACCUAGAUGGUGACUGGAAGAUUUGGUUGAAAUCGGGCAAGAAGGGAACAAAAGCACCAAUCACGUUUAUUGCAUAUGGCAGGAAAGGCCCAUCUGAUUUGCUGACACUUGGUAAGAAAGGAGACACUAUAGCUGCUGGUGAUGAAACUGAAUUUAUGAUAAAUCUUGGCACUAUCACUGACAUGUAUAAAAUACGUCUUGGACUGCAAGAAGAGAAUUCUUGGGAUGACUCCUGGCAUCUUAGUCAAGUACGUAUGCAAGACAUGGUGAGUAAUGAACAGCUGAAAUUCAAAGUCAAUCGUUGGUUGUCACGAACAGAAGAUGAUGGCGACUCUCUCAGGGAAUUGGCAGUUGUCAAGCCUGGAAGAAAACCAUUGCCAAUGGUGAGAUAUUUUGUCCAAGUCUACACUGGUGAUGAACCUGGUUCUGAUACUGAUGCCAAUGUUUAUAUCUGUAUCUAUGGUGACAGAGGGGAUACUGGGAAGCGGUUGCUACACCGUUCAGAUAUCAGUGACAAGUUUCAACAAGGACAGGUGGAUUCGUUUGAAAUUGAAGCUAUUUCACUGGGAAAACCUAGGAAAGUAGUAAUAUCACAUGAUGGUUCUGGUCCCGGUGCUGGAUGGUUUUGUCAAGAAGUGGCCAUCAGAGACUCUAAAGGGUCAAAGACAGAGUAUGUCUUUCAAUGCAAUAAAUGGUUGGAUGAAGGCUUAGAUGAUAAGAAGAUUGAAAGAGAAUUAAAAUUGACUGAAAUAAGAGAAAUAGAGCCUAAUGAUUGGUUAGUCUGGAUAACAACAGGUCGUGAGGAUUCUGCAUCAACCACAGCUAAAGUUGCAUUGUAUGCAUAUGGUAGUAGGAGUUCAUCUGAUGCUAUAGUUCUAGGUAGUGGUAAAGAUGGCUACUUCUAUGCUGGUAACAUUGAUAAAUUCAAGGUGAACAUCGGCAACAUAGGUGACAUGUAUAAGAUACGCAUUGGCCACAAUAAUAUGUAUGAUGAACCAGCUUGGUUCCUUGAGAAAGUUAGGAUGAGAGACAUGAACCAGGGGACCAUGGUUACAAUGAAUGUUAACAGAUGGUUGUCAAGAGAACACGAUGAUAUGGAUGUCUGGCGAGAGCUACCCAUGGCUCUUCCCGGGAAAGACCUUCUUCCAGUACUAAAAUACUUCAUUCAAGUUUUUACUGCUGACCUACCCAAAGCAAACACAAAGUCAACAAUUUUUAUGAACAUCUAUGGCAAAAGAGGAGACACUGGUAAGAGAGUUCUCUACAAAUCUAAGAACAAUGAUGAGCAGUUUAAUAUCAAUCAGGUUGACAUUUUUGAAAUUGAGGCAGUGCAUCUUGGUGAACUUAGGAAGGUUGUGAUUGGCCAUGAUGGAAAAACACCUGGUGAAGGAUGGUAUUUGGAUAAGAUUAUUAUCAAGGAAUCCCAGGACAGUGAUAAUGAAGUCUACUUUCCCUGUAAAAAAUGGUUAGAUAGAGGCAAGGAAGAUAAGAAAAUUGACAGAGAAUUAACUCCGUCCAAACCAAUUGGUGAAUACACCGUCAUAUUUACAACGGGUGGUGCAUCUUUAGAUAGAAACGAUGCCUUAGUCUGCUUUGAUGUCUAUGGUGAGAAAGCACAUGCUCAGCCUUUCAUUUUUGGUGCUACUAAGAGGGAAUAUUUCUCACCUGACGCCAAAGACCAGUUUGAGAUUAAUGUUGGCGAGAUUGGUGACAUUUACAAAAUACGAGUUAGUCAUGAUGACCAUGAUAAAUGGGAAGGCUGGUAUUUGAAGGAAGUCAGAAUGAUUGACAGAAUGAAAAAUGAUGAAUAUGUUUACAAAUUUAAUAGGUGGCUAUCGCGGGAUGAAGAUGAUAUGGACAUUGUCAGAGAACUGCCAACAGAGAGAAGAGGCAAGAAAACACUACCUGUUCUAAAAUAUUUUGUUGAAGUGUUCACUGGGAUUAAUCCCAAUGCUGCUACCAAAGCUAAUGUUUACAUGAACAUUUAUGGUAAGAAGGGAGACUGUGGUAAGCGCAUACUUUAUAAAUCACAUAACAAUGAUGAAAAGUUCCGCAGAGAGCAAAGAGAUGUGUUUGAAAUUGAAGCAGUUCACCUUAUGGAUCUGAAAAAGAUUAUAAUAGGGCAUGAUGGGAAGGCUGGAGGAGAAGGCUGGUUCCUAGAUAAAGUAAUCAUCAAAGAAUCAGAAGAUGCGGAUAGUCAGUGGUACUUUCCAUGUAGAAAGUGGCUGGAUACAUCUAAAGAUGAUAGAAAAAUUGAAAGGGAAUUAAAGCCAGGAAAACCAGAUCAUGAGUGGGCGGUAUGGAUUACUACUGCAGAUGACUCGUGCCAAAGAAAUACAGCUGUAGGCCACAUUGUAAUGUAUGGAGACAAAGGUAAAACUGAAAUGAUACCACUGGGUGCUGCUAGGUCAGACAAAUUGGCACCUGGUCAAAGUGAUGAAUUUGAGAUACAAACUGGUAAAAUUGGUAAACUUUAUAAAAUUCGGAUUGGAUAUGAGGAUGAAGACAAGUGGGAUGGUUGGCAUGUAAACGAGGUACGAAUGAUGGAGAGGUCAAGUAAGGAAAUAUUGACAUUUAGCUUUGAUAGAUGGAUGUCAAGAUCAGAAGAUGACAAUGACAUUGUAAGAGAACUACCAGCUGUGAGAGAUGGGGAGAAAACAUUGCCAGUAAUUCGUUACUACGUUGAAGUUUACACAGGUGAUUUAGACGAUGCCUCAACACAGUCCAGUGCUUAUAUGACAUUAUAUGGGAAGAGAGGAGACACUGGUGUCCGAGCACUUUAUAAAUCAAUGCACAAUGAAGAUAAGUUUCAGAGGGGCCAGAUGGAUGCAUUUGAAAUUGAAGCCGUUCAUCUUGGUGAUAUAAAACACAUUAUAAUUGGCCAUGAUGGGGUGGAGCCUGGGCAAGGUUGGUAUGUAGAUCAUGUGGUUGUUAAGGAAAGUGAAUAUGCAGAGCAGCAGUGGUAUUUCCCUUGUAAGAGAUGGUUUGAUGUUAGCAGAGAUGAUAGAAAGAUCGAAAGACAAAUAAUUCCUGGGGAACGUGAAUAUACACCGCCACCAACACCUGAACCAGAUGAAGGUUGGAAGUUAGAGCUGACCACAGCUGAUGAUUCAUAUCCAUCACAUGGUGCUGUAGCAUACAUAUCAGUCUAUGGAAAUAAAAGAAACUCAGAUCGAAUACCACUUUCUGCAUUUGAUAGUUUUACUCCAGGCAAAACAGACAAGUUUGAUGUGAGCUUUGAGGUCAAUCUUGGUGAAAUCUACAAAAUUAGGAUAGAACAUGAUGAUAAAGAUAAAUGGGAGGGAUGGCAUUUAAAUGAGAUUAAAAUGCGAGACAACUCAUCCAAAGAAGACUAUCUCUACAAGUUUGAUAGAUGGUUAUCAAGAAACAAAGAUGAUUUAGAUAUUGUCAGAGAACUACCAACCAUCAAAGAUGGGAAAGAUCACUUACCUGUUCUGAAAUAUUAUGUGGAGGUAUUCACUGGUAGAGAGCCAAAAGCUGAAACCAAUGCCAAUGUGUUUAUGACUAUAUAUGGUAAAAAGGGUGACAGUGGUAAACGUGUACUUUAUAAAUCCAUGAACAAUGAUGUGAAAUUCCAGCGUGAGCAGAGAGAUGUAUUUGUGAUUGAGGCAGUUCACCUGAUGGAUUUGAAGAAAGUUGUCAUAGGACAUGAUGGGAAGGUGGCUGGUAAAGGAUGGUUUUUAGAUAAAGUUAUCAUCAGGGAAUCCGAAGAUUCAGACAAAGAUUUCUACUUCCCAUGCAGAAAAUGGUUAGAUGUUGGACAAGAUGAUAAAAAGAUUGAAAGAGAACUGAAAGUCAGCAAAGCGGAUUAUGAAUACACAGUUUGGAUAACAACUUCCUCAGAAUCCAAUCCGCGAAAUAAUGCUCUAGUUCAUUUAGUUGUUUAUGGUAGUAAAGGUAAAAGUGAUCCAAUACUCCUCGGUUCUGCCAGACAACAGACAUUUAGUCCUGGUAAUACUGAUGAAUUUGAGAUAUAUACUGGUAAAGUUGGUGAAAUUUACAAAAUAAGAGUUGGAUACGAUGAUGAUACUAAAUGGGAUGGCUGGCAUUUAUCACAAGUUAGAAUGCGAGACAGAGUAACACAUGAAUAUUUACAGUUUGACUGCAAUCGAUGGAUGUCGAGAACUGAUGACGAUUUAGAUAUAGUGAGAGAAUUACCAGCUGAGAGACCAGGAAAAGAUACACUGCCCGGUAUGCCUCUAUUGAUGAUUUAUAUUUAG